UUGUCGUGAUUCUAUCUACUGUCUCAAUCAAAAUGUUAGGGCACAUACCGAUGAAUUUUCUCACAUAUGUCGUUUCAACGAUCAGUGUCGAAAACAGGCAGAUGAACCACACCUUGUUCAUGAGCAUCACAAGGUUCCACGAUGUACAGAUGACAGAGACUGUAGGAAAAAAGCCGAUCCAGUACAUCGUGCACAAUAUCGUCAUAGAGGUUUACCAGAUUUUCUUAUGCCAUGUCAAUAUCAAGAACUUUGCUACCAUCAGAAAUCGGAUGAGCACUGUCUAAAAUAUUUUCAUGGAGAAGAAAUACCUUCAUUCAAAAAAAAUAAACCCUUGGCACCUGUCAUUGCUAGCACCCGGCCAAGAGCAGUGAUUCCUUGCAAAUUUGGUAAUGACUGUCGAAAUAAGAACGAUCCGAAACACAGUGCAACAUAUUCACAUCCUACUUAA